AUGUCUCGGAACAGCAACAAGAAACCCGUCGGGUUCGCUACGCACAUCAUUGCUGGAGGUAUCGCUGGUGGGUGUGAAGCGCUAGCAUGUCAGCCAUUGGACACCAUCAAGGUCCGAAUGCAACUUUCAAAAUCUGGAUUGACACCUGGAACUAAACCUCGAGGAUUCAUCGCGACCGGAGCAUACAUCGUCAAACGCGAAACACCAUUAGCGCUCUACAAAGGUCUCGGCGCCGUUCUGUCAGGGAUCGUGCCGAAGAUGGCCAUCCGCUUUGCUAGUUUCGAGGCAUACAAGGGCUGGCUUGCCGAUAAGCAAACAGGGAAGACAAGCAUUGGGAAUAUCUUCAUUGCCGGUCUUGGGGCUGGAGUAACGGAAGCUGUUGCGGUCGUGACGCCCAUGGAAGUGGUGAAGAUUCGUCUACAAGCUCAACAACAUUCAUUGGCCGAUCCUCUUGAAGCCCCUCGGUACCGUAAUGCUGGCCAUGCUGUGUACACCAUCAUUCGUGAGGAAGGAAUCUCGACAUUGUAUCGUGGUGUCUCUUUGACGGCACUGAGACAAGCUACGAACCAGGGUGCCAACUUCACCGCGUACCAAGAAAUAAAGAAGCUUGCGCAUAAGUACCAGCCAGACUUGGUCGAGCUACCAUCCUACCAACACAUGAUGAUUGGUCUUAUCUCUGGAGCUAUGGGUCCGUUCUCAAAUGCACCAAUAGACACUAUCAAAACUCGUCUACAAAAAGCCAAAGCAACUCCAGGCCAAUCCUCCUUCCAGCGCAUAUUCGCGAUCGCUGCAGAUAUGUGGAAGAUGGAAGGUGUGCGGUCAUUCUACAAGGGCAUCACCCCGCGCGUGCUGCGCGUGGCACCCGGGCAGGCGAUCGUGUUCGCGGUUUAUGAACGCGUGAGCGGCGUUAUUGAGACGAUCAGCCCAAGAGUGAGAGAAGACGACGGGUAUUCAGAGUAA